AGCCUAUAAAUAAGCUUUUGCGUAGAAAGAGACACACUUUCAUACGAAGAAGAGACAAGUUGAAGGUUCAACUAUGUUUUCUCUCACUCGGUCUAGGUCACUUGAACGACUGGCAUAGCACUGCAUCACUUUACACAGCCCACUCACAAACGGGUACGCAGGCUCUCUGCCUGUACCCCGUCCCCGUCACUCUGCACGCUAAUUUUCCAGAGAGCCCGGAGAGGUGAGAAUGGGAAAAUCCGAAAGCCAAAUGGAUAUCAUGGAAAAAUCAACCAAACCAUUGAAGCGCCGUUGGACUGUUGUGGAGAUCGGGCUAUCUGUGCUGUUGUUGCUGGUCAGCUGCGCCCUAGCUGGACUGAUAGUCCUCUACACUUCGGCUUUGAGAGAGCAAUCUAAUAGAUCUGGUGUGUCAAGGAGCUCAGUCACCGAGGUGCAGCAGUAUCGUUCUGGCCCCAGCAAUGUUUGCACAACUCCUGAGUGUGUUACUGCAGCUGCUCGUCUUCUGCAGAACAUGGAUGCAACGGUGGAGGCGUGUCAGAACUUCUACCAGUAUGCCUGUGGGGGCUGGCUGGAGCGCCAUGUCAUCCCAGAGACCAGCUCCCGCCACAGCGUCUUCGACAUCCUCAGAGACAAGCUGGAGAUUGUGCUUAAAGGAGUUUUUGAGACUGAGAGUGAUCAGGACCGUGAUGCCUUCAGGAAGGCCAAAACUCUCUACAGCUCCUGCAUGAAUGAGACUCUGAUAGAGCAGCUCGACUCCAAGCCUCUCAUGCGUCUCAUCGACAGCAUAGGAGAUUGGCCUGUUGCCUCAGAGGACUGGAACAGCGCUACAGAACAGGCUUGGAGCCUGGAGGAUACUCUAGCCACCCUCAACUCUCGUUACCACAAAAAGGUUAUUCUGGACAUGUAUGUGUGGACGGAUGACCGCGACUCCCGGCGCCACAUUAUCUACAUUGACCAGCCAGGACUGGGAAUGCCAUCCAGAGAUUAUUACUUCAACGAUGGAAACUACAAAAGGGUGCGAGAAGCCUACUUGCAGUUCAUGGUUUCCAUGGCGAGGAUUGCCCGCGAGGACAGGAACUUGACCCAGGAAGAUGACUGUGUGGUGGAGGAAAUGGUGCAGGUGCUGGAUCUAGAGACAGAUAUUGCCAAUGCCACAUCCCCUGCAGAGGAACGUCAGGAUGUCACGAUUCUCUACAAUAAGAUGACCCUUAGUAAGCUGCAGGAGUCCUUUAAUCUCAACGGUUUUAACUGGACACGGUUUGUGCGUGGAGUGUUGUCCAGCGUGGCUGUGGACCUACAUCGAGAGGAGGAGGUGGUGGUCUACAGCUCUCCCUACCUGAAGAAGAUGAACGACGUGCUCUCCAAACACACUGUCAGAACCAUGCAGAACUACCUUACCUGGCAGCUCGUCAUGGAGAGAGUCAGCAGCCUGAGUCGCCGCUUCAAAGAUGCCAGGGCACCCUAUAGAAAGGCAUUGUACGGGACCACCGUGGAAGAGGCACGGUGGAGAGACUGUGUACGUUACGUCCAGGGCAGCAUGGAGAACGCAGUGGGUGCUCUGUAUGUGCGAGAGACCUUUGCUGGUGAGAGUAAACGCAUGGUCAGUGACCUCAUCAGUAAGAUCCAGGAAGCGUACGUGGAGACACUUGAGGAGCUGAACUGGAUGGAUGACCAGUCUAAGGAGAAGGCAAGAGAGAAGGCCAUGGCCAUUAAGGAGCAUAUUGGCUAUCCUGACCACAUUCUGGAAGAGAGCAAUCUGAAGCUUGACCUGGAGUAUGCCCAUCUGAACUUCAGUGAGGAGAACUACUUUGAGAACGUCCUUGAGAACCUGCAGGCUGAAGCACACAAGACGUUGAAGAAGCUGAGAGAGCCAGUCGACCCGGACAUGUGGAUCAUUGGCGCUGCUGUUGUCAAUGCUUUCUAUGCGCCAAAUAGAAACCAGAUAGUAUUCCCUGCCGGUAUCCUGCAGCCUCCUUUCUUCAGUAAGCAGCAGCUCCAGGCCCUGAACUUUGGUGGAAUAGGGAUGGUUAUUGGACAUGAGAUCACCCACGGGUUUGAUGACAAUGGCCGUAAUUUUGACAAGGAUGGUAACAUGCUUAACUGGUGGAGUAAUUAUUCUGCUGAGCACUUUAAGGACCAGUCACAGUGCAUGGUGCAACAAUAUGGCAACUUCAACUGGAAGCUUGCAGGAGGACAAAAUGUCAGUGGAAUUAGUACUUUGGGGGAGAACAUCGCAGACAACGGAGGAGUUCGGCAAGCUUACAAGGCCUACAUGAAGUGGGUGGAGAGAGAAGGAGAAGAGCUUCGUUUACCUGGUCUGGACAUGGACCACAAGCAACUUUUUUUUCUUAACUUUGCCCAAGUAUGGUGUGGUGCCUAUCGGCCUGAAUAUGCCAGCCAGUGCAUCAAGACUGACUCCCACAGUCCCCUAGAAUACAGGGUACUUGGCUCCCUACAGAAUUUUGGAGCAUUCUCAGAUGCAUUCCAGUGCAAACCAGGUACUCCCAUGAAUCCUGAGAUGAAAUGUCGGGUGUGGUAGCCAGUUUGGGCUUUUCAGCUCUACUCUUGUUAUUUAUUUCUUGACUGGGGCAGCUAAACAAAAGAACAUGCUUAACAACCACCUUGUGUUAUACUGACGCCAAAGAGACAUCCUGCCUUGGAGUAUGUCUGAUUGAUUUACAUGGCAGAAGAUAAUAGACAUUUACACAAGUGUUACGGAUUGGAUAACUGACCAAACUACACCCUAGUAUCACCACUUGAAGCAGACGAUGAGACAGGAAAAACACUUGGAAUGCGUAUGUACUUAUAUGGCUACUCAACCUAAAGAUGUUGUCUGUGGGUUAACAGUUUUGCUUGUUCUUGUUUACAAGUGGCUUUGUUGUAUACAUGCAUACAUCUGAAGCUCCUAUGGACCAAUGUGGGUGGUCAGUGGAUACAUGCAUAGUCGGGCAAAUGUAGGACAUUCCUAAGACCUUGUAGAAUAUGUUUGAGCCAAGCUGGCUUUAUAUGCUUUAACUGACUUUUUAAAGAAUUUCCUAAAUAACUCUUUGUUAUUUUUGCCAAGUCAUUCAGAUGGCAAAUCCACAGCGCUUUUCAGCCCACAUAUUUAGUGGCUUUCAUUUAUGUGCAAAAAUUAUCUUUUGGUACUGAGUUGCCUGGUAAGAUCCUGUCUGAUAUGGAACAUUUGUUUUUUAAGACAUUUUGCCACAGGGCAAGAGGCAAAAGUGAAUAAUAAGUCUGACAUUACAGUGUGACUAUGAACUGAAUAAAGGCUCUGUGAAAAUGAAGAGCAGCGGUGA